UUACGCGCCAAUUAACAUAUCAUAACGGAAAUGCAUUUACACAACUUAAAGUAAAUGCCCAAGUCUUAAAUGUACAAUGCGUAGUCCAGGAUGGUGAUGGGUGAUGGGUUUCUGGGAUGGUGAAGGAUAGCUGUUGGCAGAAUGACGACCGCCAACAUUGAUUACGACUAUUUGCUCAAGUUCCUGGUGCUCGGUGACUCCGGCGUGGGCAAGACCUGCCUGCUCUAUCAAUACACAGACGGAAGGUUCCACACGCAGUUCAUAUCGACCGUUGGCAUCGACUUUCGGGAGAAGCGGCUGGUCUACAGCUCACGUGGUAGACGACAUCGCAUCCACUUGCAGAUUUGGGAUACGGCCGGACAGGAGCGCUUCCGCUCGCUGACGACGGCUUUCUAUCGGGAUGCGAUGGGCUUUCUACUCAUCUUCGAUCUGACCAGCCAGAAGUCCUUUCUGGAGAUUACCAAUUGGCUGGAACAGCUUCGCAUGCACGCCUACACAGAAGAUCCGGACGUAGUGCUCUGUGGCAACAAAUGUGAUCUACUGCAGCUGCGUGUCGUCAGCCGGGAGCAGGUCGCCGCUCUGGCUCAACGCUAUCGUCUGCCCUACAUCGAGACGAGCGCCUGCACUGGAGCCAACAUACAGCAGGCGGUUGAGCUGCUCGUUGGCCGUGUUAUGGAACGGAUAGAGAAUGCUGUCUCCAAUCGUGACUUCACCCUGCUAAUGGCCCAGUCCCGUAGACUGCCCAACAUCGCCUACGGCCCGGAUAUAGUUAGACUGCAUCAAGCCAAUGGGAGUCCCCCUCGACGCAAUCGCAACUGCAAUUGCUAAACUUAUCCGGUUUGCCAGAUAACAAUUUGGAAUUUUUAACUGGAUCCGUUCAAUUUUUUUUGUAAUUGCUCGACGAAUCCAGAAAGCUGCAAUUGCUUGAUAUAUCAUCUGGCUAUUCAGAUAACUUUUGGCCAAACUAUGACAAACUUUAUUCCGUUAAUCCGUUUAUCUAUGUGUGUUGACUGUAAAUAAAUGUUGCUUGUUGACUAAA